GGGCGUCCUCGUGACGUCCUGCUCCUUCAGUGACCUUCAGGGCCCCGGAGACAUUGGAGAACGGAAGUCGUCUGCCUGUGCGCUGAUUGGUUGCGAGCUGAGGCCAGCGCCGCCUCCCGCCUUCCGGUUUUCUCAGAAGCUGCUGAGCUCUUCCCUGGUCACUGCACGUCUGAAGGCCGAGUAGCCCCGUCGCUAGGAUGCCGCGUGGAAGCCGGAGCCGUACUUCCCGCAUGGCCCCUCCGGCUAGCCGGGCCCCUCAGAUGAGAGCUGCGCCCAGGCCAGCACCAGCCGCUCAGCCACCAGCAGCGGCACCCCCCUCUGCAGUUGGCUCUCCUGCUGCUGCGCCCCGGCAGCCAGGUCUGCUGUCCCAGAUGGCAACCACUGCAGCUGGCGUGGCUGUGGGCUCUGCUGUGGGGCACACACUGGGCCAUGCCAUUACUGGGGGCUUCAGUGGAGGAAGUGAUCCUGAGCCUGCGAGGCCUGACAUCACUUACCAGGAGCCUCAGGGAACCCAGCCAGCACAGCAGCAGCAGCCUUGCUUCUAUGAGAUCAAACAGUUCUUGGAGUGUGCCCAGAAUCAGGGUGACAUCAAGCUCUGUGAAGGUUUCAGUGAGGUGCUGAAACAGUGCCGACUUGCAAAUGGAUUGGCCUAAUCAAGAAGUUCAAACUGGAGAAAUGGAAAACCAGCUCUCAUAACCAAGUUAACUUCAUAUAAAAAUUUAAUUAAUAGUGAAGGUGUAAAGUGUAGCCAUCAGUUAAACCUCUCCUGUCAUUCUAGCUUCCUUGCUUCAGAAUUGAAAUCGAAGGGGGUGUUCCUACUCUGUAGAAUUUGGAGCUGGUCAGAUGUUUGUGUGGCCUCCUUAAACUAGCUGUUAUGAUUUUAUUCUUUGUGAGUUAGUUAAUUAGAAUAAAGUGAUUUUCUUCCAAGAUGUGAUUCAUCUAGUCUGUAUCCUCUGGUUAUGAAAUAGCAUCCACCCAGAUCUGAGAGCUCCCCUGAGGGAUUAUGUAAGGAGUGGCUCACUCAUAAACAUGCUGCUCGAUUCAAGGGUCCUGGUCCUGUGGGCCUGGAGUUAAGGAAGCUGAUCAGUAGCAGGAAACUGCUUAAAAUACUAUUUUAAGCCAGGUGUGAUGGUGCCUGCCUGUAGUCCCAGCUACUUGGGAGGCUGAGGCAAGAGAAUUGCUUGAACCUGGAAGGCGGAGGUUGCAGUGAGUUGAGUUCAUGCCACUGUACUCCAGCCUGGGUGACAGAGUAAGACUCUGUCUCAAAAAUACAUUGUUUGAAUCAAGUGAAGGAUAAAGGAACAGGAAUAAGCCUGUUUGGGGUGGGUUCCCUAUUCCCCUACUGUGUCCAAGCAAGCUUGUGCCACCCACCUUAUUUGUUCUGUUUUGUUUUAGGCUUUUAGCAGCCUGAAGCUGCAGUUUUUAGUUUCUGCCAAUAGUAACAAACGGAAAAGAGGGAUGAGGAAGGGGCUUUACUGGCCUAACCAUAAACUGAAACUAAACCCAUGACCAUAUUCUCUCCCUUGGGCACUCCUGAUUGACAAUAAAAACCAAUCAAUAUACGCAGUU